AUGACCUACUAUCUAGACAUUUUACCAGGUCAUCAUAUCUGUUUCUUAAUUUCGGCGCGUCAGACUAAGUGCUUUGACCACAGAAACGGCCAAAGCUCAUGUUUGCCAGAUGUAACCAAGCUCAAGACAUCGGUGAAAGACCAAUGGGACAUCCAACCCAAUGGCUUGAAAAGCACUGACAAUUGUAUAGUGAGUCUAGGAACAAACCAGCGAAAGAUACAAAUAGUAAGAAAACCAUCAAACGAAAAGUGUUUCCCACAACCGAUUUCAGCAUCAUUUUCUGUGGUAGUAAGCCUCUGUUGUUUUAGUCUACAGCAGUUAUCGUUUGAUCUUCAGAGAUCAAGUGACUACAAAAAUUUCUCAGCUAAUGGACUGAAAGAUGUAAUAAAAGCGAUGGACUUAAAUCGCUUUCUCAUUCAUAAAUUGUCAAUGUACUUGAGUGCAUUUUGCAACUUUGAAAUACCAUUUCCCAAAUUCUACUAG